AAUGAAAUAAGUUCGAAUUGAGAAAUAACUAAUAUUUCAUAAAUUGUUACUUAUUUUGCUAUUAAAGCAAUCAUAACCAUUGCCCUGUAACAAUGGUUUUUUGUAAGAUGAAUAAAAAUUGAACAGUAAAAAUCUUUUAUUUGAAUUGCUUUACUUAUUGAGAAGAUAAACAGGAAAGAAAUAGAAAAAUAGAAAAUUAUAAAAAUAGAAUGGAGAUAUUGUUUAAUAUGAUUUUCCAUUUUAAAGAAUCGUUAAUCUUGGUCACAUGAAAGUAAAAAAUAAAGAUUUGGAUGUUAUUAAAAUAAAGGAUUUGAUCUCAAAAAAAAAAACAGAAAUUAACAAACUGAAUCAAAGAAAGCCAAAACCUCAAAAAAAAAACAAAAAUUUCUUGGAAAAAGAGAAUUAAAAAUCAGGUUUUGUAAGAAACUCCUAUUCGCCUUCUAGAAUAGCCUAAAAUUAUUUUAGAGAAAAAAAUAAAUGAA